AUGGUCUCUGCUGCAGGGCAGGGCGCUUUCGGCGGGAGCGGGAACGACAAGGUAGCUCAGCGGGUGCAGUUCCCCAUUGGGUCAGUGGAGCCCACUGAUUACGCAGAAGAGAAGAUGCGUGAUUUUGCCAUCAGUAGCUUGCAAGUGAACGCUGUUCCUUUCGACCAGGACCAAGAUGAGCAAUGGAAAAACUUCAAGCUCAAACCUGCCCACAUCACCUUGGCCCUCAAGGUCCAAACGAAGGCGAUGCGUGAGUUCCCGUCGGGCUGCCCGGGCUCCAGCAGCGCCGCGGACCAGACUGCCCAGGCCAUUGCAGAGUGGGCCAAGGUGCAAAACGCCAAGGCGGAGAAAGAAGCAAAGCGCGGGACGUUGAGCUUCAACUUGCAGGACAGGAUCGCUGAAGUGGGGCUCCGGUGCGUCCAAGGAGAUUUACUCCCCACAGAAGAGGCUCUUCUCCGAAUGGAGAAUCUCCCGUCGGCGAAGAUUGCCAGGGAUAAGGGCCGGAAAUGGGUGGGCUCCUCUGAGGGAGAAGAUCUGCUUGCGAACUUCCGCCCAGGCUUUUCGAAAACGCCUAAACUGGACGUCCUCGUGGGCAGCGGGACCAUCGGUGACAAAGUCACGGAGGCCCGGGAAGCGAAGCGGGCCCGCACCAUGGAGGAGCGGAUCGGCUUUAUGGGCUUCGCGAAUUUUCUCGGUCACCUCCACGAUUGGGGCACCAAAAUGGUUCUCUCCAAGGUGAUCACGCCCGUGCAGUACUGGGCGUACGAGAUGCAAUUGGUGCGCUUGUGUGAGGAGCGUGGCGGCACGAGGGUUGCGUUCUACAACGACCUGCUUCUCCGCCAGAAGCUGGCCCGUGCCCUCGAGCAGGGCCAGGACGACCAGGUCGAGGUCUUGCUGUGCAGGCUGGAUCGCGACGUGCUGGAAGACGCCUCGCACAAGGUCAAGCAGCGCGCCGAGGAGGUCAACAGGGCCAACUCGAAGCAGACGAGCGGCCCGGCGUCAUCGCAGGGGUUCGCGCCUUCGCAAGGAGGCAAGCCGGGAGCGCAGGGCAAGGGGGGCCAGAAAGGAGGCAAGCCAGACAAAGGCGGAAAGCAGAGCAAGCCCGCCAGGCCGGCCCCGACCACGCCCCAGCGCUCCAGGAGCCCGCCCAAAGGCAAGGGCACAGCUUCUGCGCAGUGGCACACCAAAGGCCAGGAGAAGAAGUGGUCCAGCUGGUGA